UGCGCGGAGCUGGGAGCGCGAUGGUCGGCCGCCGCGGCGCGGCAAGAUGCUGGAUGGGCCCCCGCUGGCGCGCUGGCUGGCCGCGGCCUUCGGGCUGACGCUGCUGCUCGCCGCGCUGCGCCCUUCGGCCGCCUACUUCGGGCUGACAGGCAGCGAGCCCCUGACUGUCCUCCCACUGACCCUGGAGCCCGAGGCGGCCGCCCAGGCGCACUACAAGGCCUGCGACCGGCUGAAGCUGGAGCGGAAGCAGCGGCGCAUGUGCCGCCGGGACCCGGGCGUGGCAGAGACGCUGCUGGAGGCCGUGAGCAUGAGCGCGCUGGAGUGCCAGUUCCAGUUCCGCUUUGAGCGCUGGAACUGCACGCUGGAGGGCCGCUACCGGGCCAGCCUGCUCAAGCGAGGCUUCAAGGAGACCGCCUUCCUCUAUGCCAUCUCCUCGGCCGGCCUGACCCACGCACUGGCCAAGGCGUGCAGCGCGGGCCGCAUGGAGCGCUGUACCUGCGACGAGGCGCCCGACCUGGAGAACCGUGAGGCCUGGCAGUGGGGGGGCUGCGGGGACAACCUCAAGUACAGCAGCAAGUUCGUCAAGGAGUUCCUGGGCCGGCGGUCCAGCAAGGAUCUGCGAGCCCGUGUGGACUUCCACAACAACCUAGUGGGUGUGAAGGUGAUCAAGGCCGGGGUGGAGACCACCUGCAAGUGCCACGGCGUAUCGGGCUCCUGCACGGUGCGGACCUGCUGGCGGCAGCUGGCGCCCUUCCACGAGGUGGGCAAGCACCUGAAGCACAAGUAUGAGACGGCACUCAAGGUGGGCAGCACCACCAACGAGGCUGCGGGCGAGGCAGGCGCCAUCUCCCCACCCCGGGGCCGCGUCUCGGGGGCGGGUGGUGGUGACCCCCUGCCCCGCACUCCGGAGCUUGUGCACUUGGACGACUCACCCAGCUUCUGCCUGGCCGGCCGCUUCUCCCCAGGCACUGCUGGCCGCAGGUGCCACCGUGAGAAGAACUGUGAGAGCAUCUGCUGCGGCCGUGGCCAUAACACGCAGAGCCGGGUGGUGACGAGGCCCUGCCAGUGCCAGGUGCGCUGGUGCUGCUACGUGGAGUGCCGGCAGUGCACGCAGCGUGAGGAGGUCUACACCUGCAAGGGCUGAGUCCCCAGGCCCCGCCAGCCCUGCUGCCUGGGGUGCUGGCAUUGCACACGGCGUGGAGGGUCUCCACCUGCAAGGCUGAGUGCCUGGGCCCAGCCAGCCCAGCUGCCUGUAUUGCACAUGGUGUGAGAAGGUCUCCACCUGCAAGGGAUGACUGCCUGGGCCUGGCCAUCCUUGCUGUGCAGGGUGAGGGCCAUGCAUGCAGUGUGAGGGGUCUGUACCUGCAAGGACUGAGGGUCUUUCCUGGCACCCUGGGGCAUACAGCUGAAGCAGGGGGCCAGGGGCCAUCUGAGUUGGCUGUCUAAGCCCUGUGUCUCCCUGUCACCAGGACCCAGAGGUGGGAGCUGGCUCUGGUCUGGUGUGUGCAACCUCUCUGCUUACGCCCUGGGCCACGACCUCCUCCGUCUGACCCGAGAGCAUUGCUCCAAUGCUUUCUGAGCUGUCUCCCGUCCCCAGCACACCAGUCCCCGGGGAGCAGCGCCCCACGCCAGCCCACUGGCUUUUGCUCCCCACCGCCUCUGAGGCACAGGGGCAGGUGCACCUUGGUGACCACGUGGCCUCUGUGUGGGCCGCCCGUGGGGGCCUGGCCUGGCCCAGGCUGCCCCGACACCAGCACUGUCUUCAGAGAGUGAAACCACUAGAAGAGGACGCAGCCUGUCCCGCCCCCGCGGGGCCUGGCCGUGCAGGUGCCAGGCUCGGGGGACACUGCCAACCUCUGACAUUGAGCACUUCUCUUUGGAGUAAAUAUCAGUGACUUUUAAAUUAUUAUGAUUAUUUAAUAUAAUAAUUAUUUUCUCCAUCCCUGCCACCUCCCCGGCUGCAGCUCCCCACUCUCAGCUAAGCCCCAGUCUGGGAGGCCCUGCCUCCGUCCCUGACCUGUUCCCUCCCAACCCCGCCUCUGAUCUGCUUAGUCGUUUGAAACCACUAAAUCGAGAUAGAUGUGUGUAGUUAAGGAAACACGGUGAGCUGUGUCUGGCCACAGCCCUUGGCCUGUGCCAGCUGACCACUGCCACGUGGUGGGUCAUCGGGGGCCCUGGCCCUGCACCCUGUGGGCAGAGGACCCGGCCUGGCAGCUCAGUGCAGAUUCUCGGGCUGGGGAUGGUGGUGGGGUGUGGGCACUGUGAGGGGCAGGAGGGACCUUUGGUUCAUGUCAUAUCAUGAGGAAGCCACUUGCUCUGUGUUACUGGGGGACAGACUGGGACAGGCUAGUGGAGGGAGUCUCGGGCUCGAAUCUGGCCGCAGAACGCCGUGCUUUAUGGCCCUGCUGUUGUUUGCUGGGGACAGUGUGACUUGCACUAACCUGGCUUGCUUUGAGGGUGUGGUGCAUGUGUGUUGUGAGAGUGUGUGUGCUGGCGUUGGUGUGUGUGUGUGUGUGCUGGCGUGGUCAGCGUGUGUUGUGUGUUUAUACUGGUGCAGUCAGUGUGUGUGUGUGUGUGCUGGCGUGGUCAGCGUGUGUUGUGUGUUUAUACUGGUGCAGUCAGUGCUUGUGUGUGUGUGUGUGUGUGUGUGCUGGCGUGGUCAGCGUGUGUGUUGUG